AUGGAUUACUCUAUAAGCAUAGCUAAUUUUAAUCAUUCGGCGAUUCAUUUUGGAAGCCUUAAUUCAACACCUGCUAUUCCACCAAGUAAUACUGGACGAAAGAGGCCUCGGAGUAAUAGUAUGAACAAAAGUGACCAAGCGCAGAAAAUAGCACGUCAAUUUGAUGAAAAUUUGGAUGUUGAAAUGAAUCAACCACAUGAGACGAUCGCACAAUUGUCUUUGAACACCACACGAGCGCAACGUCAUCAUCAUAGACAAACAAAUAAACCUUGUGUAGUUUAUACAAUGGGACGUAGAACAGAUUGCGAAAG